CGAUGCGCAGUUGAACCGUGAACCGGUGAAAAUACCGAGAAAACGCGUCGAUUGUUUGUUUUAAUGAUUGAUGAAGCGAGACCGGAAGCUCAUGGACGACGAUUUUAAGGUGGAGACGAAGCUUCGAGAAGCUUCUUUACCUUCAGACGUCCGACAAGUGAUCGUUGGUGAGGACGAGCAGCAGCAGUGGAGCCCCCUUGUGGACCAGGAGGACCCAGAGCCCCCUCACAUUAAAGAGGAACAGGAGGAACCGUGGACCAAUCAGGAGGGAGAGCAGCUUCAACGACUGGAGGAGGCUGAUAUCAAGUUCACGUUUACUCCUGUCGCUGUGAAGAGUGAAGAAGAUGAAGAGAAACCUCAGUCGUCACAGCUUCAUCAGAGUCCGACUGAGGACAACAGAGCGGACUGUGGAGGACCAGAACCAGCCAGGAACUCAGGUCCUGAUGGACAUUUACAACCAGGUCCUGAGGACAAGACUGAAGACUCUUCUGAGACUGAAGACAGUGAAGAUGAACGGAUGGAGACCAGGGAACCUCAGCCUGGUUUGAAAAAUAAAGGGGUUCAUUUGAACUGUAACACUUCAGAGAGAUCGUUCAGCUGCUCUAAGUGUGGACAGAGAUUCGGCCGUAAACCACAUUUGAAUGCACACAUGAGAAUUCACACUGGAGAGAAACCGUUCAGCUGCCCCUUCUGUGGCAAAAGAUUUUCUCAGAAAGGAAACUCGAUCAGUCACAUGAGGCUUCAUACGGGAGAGAAACCUUUCAGCUGCUCCGUCUGUAAGAAAAGCUUCAGGUACAGUGGAGACGUGAGCAGACACAUGAGGAUCCACACAGGAAAGAAGAAAAACUGCCGCGGUGAUCGGAACGUGGUCGAGGUCGACUGCAGCGCUCACACAGGAUCACAACUGACCCGCAGCUUCGACCCAGACAGACUCAAACCACCGGUGACUGACGACAGAACCGACGUCUGCACCGGUGAGGCUGGUUCGAAGGAAAUCAGGGAAGUGGAUUCAGAUUUAAAUUGCCAGAGAAAUGACAACAUCUCUGAGAGUGAUACAAGAUGUAAUACUGACAAGGAGCCGUUCAGCUGCUCCGAGUGUGGCAGAACAUUCUGUCGUAAGGAUCAUCUGAUGAGCCACAUGAGAACACACACGGGAGAGAAACCGUUCAGCUGCUCAGUUUGUCACAAACGUUUUAGUUGCAGCGGGAACAUUUUGGCACACAUGAGGAUUCACACCAGAGAGAAACCAUUUAAAUGCUCAUUCUGUGGCAAAGGUUUCAGCCAGAAAGGAACUCUGCAGCUGCACGAGAGGAUUCACACUGGAGAGAAACCAUUCAGCUGCCCUUUUUGUGCUAAAGGAUUUGCACAUAAAAGACGUAUGACGCUGCACAUGUCCGUCCACACUGAGGAGAAACGCUUCAGCUGCACUGUCUGCGACAAAAGAUUCACAUGGUACACACAACUCAAAACACACAAGUGUGUCGGUGCGUCCACGCAAACUCGACAUAACCAAACUGAGAAAAAAGUUUCAGCCAAGGAGGCGUUCAGCUGCAGCGAGUGUGGGAAACUAUUCAGCCUGAAAGGAAAUCUGAAGACGCACAUGAGGAUCCACACAGGAGAGAAACCGUUCAGCUGCUCAGUCUGCGGCAAAAGUUUUAAACAAAACGUUCAUCUGACCGAGCACAUGACCAUUCACACGGGUGAAAAACUUUAUAAGUGUGACGUCUGUGGAAAAGGAUUCAACAAGAAGUUACUGGUGAAAAAACACACGUGUGUUUAAACACGUUCAGACUUCAUGGAUUUACAUUUGGCAUGAAGACAAAUUGUUCAUCAUGUUUCAGCAGUGAAGAUGAAAAUGCCCAAAAGAUCAAAAUCUUAUAAACUUCCAACUUAAAGUUUAAUAACUGAGACAAAACAACAAAAAUUGAUACUAGGUUGAUACUAAUGCUGUAUAUGACCAGAGGGUUCAGUUUUUAACAACUUAAAUUAAUGGAUUAAAGAAAACAUCUGGAUUCUUAGAAUGAAGAGAAAUUAAAUUUGGGACAAUAGAGGACGAGUGACAGCCUCAGUGAAAACAACCUACAUGAAUGUUUAGUGUAGAAUAUGAGACAUGGGGGUGCUAUGGGGGAGGGGCCUUCAUAGACAGAGCUCAGAGUCACCGCCCCCUGACUCCGAAGUUGCAACUGGAACUCGACUUCAAAGUCCAUGAUGGCUGCUUUGUUCUUAAGAAGUUUUCUAAGAAAACGUUCCGUCAGAUCCAUGUCACGUUCUUACAAUUGUUUGUAUCCGUGUUCUUUUAAUGAUGAAUGACGUGUUCGUAAGCCUGCGUCACUUUAUGCCAAAUAUUCUGCGUGUUCUCUUCAACAUGUUCACGUGUUUACAACAAUUACAACAUGCACUGAAACAUGUCUUUAAGGAAUUAAAAAUAUUAUUUAAAUAUAAAACAAAUGUAUAUUUAAAGUGAAAAACACAAUAACUGAUUAUUUAUUUCAGUUGUCAGAGUUAGUGUGAAAAGAUUCUGAGCAAUAAGAACAAAUCCCAGAAAAGAAAACUAUUAUAUAUAAAUAAGUGAAAAUCAGAAUCUUCAUAAAAAUGGCUCAAGUGUGAUUUAAGGAGAAAUUUCUUCUUAAGAAUAGUUGGUGAAUGAGGCUAAGUGUUGUGAGGUGACUGAGGUGUGACAUCAUUCCGAGCUCAUUGAAGUUUAAUGGAUUUUAUAUUUAAUGGUUCAUGUGGAUCACACGUCUGAUUCCCUCUAAUGACACGUCCUCCAUAUUAAGGCUCUUUGUACCUGACCGUCAACAUUUAGUGAAGAAAGGAGAAUAUGUGGAGUUACACACAAAGCAGAAGAAAAUGAUAAAAGCAAACAUAUGAUUCCAAAUCAUAAAGUCUCCCAAAAGAUCAGAAUCUUAUAAACUUCCAACUUUAAAGUUUAAUAACUGAGAUAAAACAACAAAAAUCAAGUUUUUCAUUAAACAACUGAAUCUAAAGAGUUUCUCUGAACUCACUGUUCUCACAAACACAGUUCUCCAUGUUUGAAUGUUUAGUGAGAAUUAUUACACCCUAUGUAGUGGACUCAUUGUAUCCCAUCAUGCAUCGUGAUAAGCGGUGUAUGGCAGAGUGAUAUAUCCCAUCAUGCAUUGCUYGACUUGAGAGAACUGUACUUUGCCAGUAUGAACCUGAUCUGACCAGAAGGAUCUGACUCAACAGAUGUUUUCAGACGAACUUGGUGAAAUAGUCCAAACAUUUUCUGGAGUGAAGGAGAAACGAGAUCUGCUGAAGAACGGGUCGAAUCCAAAUAWACACAGAAGUUUUAUUAAAACGUGACUUUGAUAUAUUCAAA